GAAACGAGGUAAAUUUAAAUGAGGUAUCGGAUGAUCCGGAUGAACUGAAGGAACAAAUGAGUUUGCUUCUUAAUAUUGGUUGAGGCAGAGAUGCGCGAUGUUCAGUAACGCGAGCUCGGGCGCGUGGGAGGAUGCUGAUGGUCACACACAAACGCACGCGUCGCACGCUCAGCUCGCACCGCUCCUGGCGUUCUACGUGCUCGUUAGUCUCCUAGGAGUCAUCGGUAAUAUAAGUCUAAUGGCGGCGCUGGCGUCCGGCGGCGCGGCGCGGCUGCGCACGCCGCAGCUGCUCAGCGCAUGCGCGGCGGACCUGCUCGUGUGCUCGGCUUCAGCGCCGCUCGCCGCCGCGCGCGCCGCCGAGCUACACUCGGAGACGUGCCACGUAGGAUACUACGUCGAGUCUUUCCCGGUAGCCGCCAGCACUUUGAGCCUGGUGGCGAUGGCAGCGGAGCGCUGCGGGGCGGUGCGGCGAGGCCGUGGGGCCUCCACGCGUUCACGGCCCUAUUUGGCAGUUUCUGCCGUGUGGCUCAGCGCACUGCUGCUGAGUGUUGCGGCCGUGACAGCGAGCUGCGUGUCUUGGCGGCCGCUGGCGGCGGCGCACGCGCUCGUCACGUACUGCUUCCCCGUGUUGGCCGUGGCGCGUUGCCACUGGGCCGUGCGCGUCAAGCUCACGGCGCUGUCACUGACGGCUCGCGCCGCACACGGCGAGCUCCCACUGCCGGUGCCGCUCAUGCGCCGCCCCACGCACGUCAUCAUCGUCGCCGGCGUCGGCCCGCGAGAGCGCCGCGACGCCGUCGACGUUGGCGACGUGCGCUCCAAGAAACUCCAGCCGAGUCUGCUCGGUCCUCAACCGUUGACGUCGACGUUGCACGCGCGCCGGCGGCUCGGUAACGUCCUCGUCGCUAUAGCGGCGAUUUUCGCGGCAUGCUGGUGCCCCCAUGCGGCUAUAGUCAUUUGCGGGGCAUUCGGGCUUCAAGCGCCGCUGCUUCUGCAACAGUACGCGCUGCUUUUCGGGCAUGCGCAUUCGGCUCUUAAUGCGGCAGCUUAUUGGGUGUUGAAUAGACACGCUUUGACGUCGGCGUGCGCGGCGUGGCGCCUGCCGCAGCUGCGGGUGCGGGAGGAGCGGCCCUCGUCGACCAACGAGGCGGCUCUAGGUGCGUUCCACCCGCGCCUCGCGCGCCCCGCGCCCUCGCCGCGCCCGCCGCCCUCCAGCUACCUGUACUAGAUCCGUGCCGUCGCGACUACACUUUGUUAAUGGAUAGAUAAGUGUCUAUGAGUGGUUAAUGUGUGUUGUUCUACCGCUGCUGCGCUUACGCCGAGGCAAGAUCCUUGAUAUGAACCGAAACAAAUGUCAUAUGGCUCAUAUACGAAGGAAAAAUGACCAGGCUGUCCAUCAGUGUCCAAGGCUGGAAUCCUUGAUAUGACCUACGUAUCAAAUAAAAUUUGUCACCGACCACCACAGAAAACACGUCAAAUACGAUAAAAUCUGCCCUUCCUGUCCGCGUGUCCGUUGUUUUCUGAGGGACAAAACGAAAUUUCUCAAAAAUCUAUUACGAAAAUUCAGAUUGAGAGCUAUGAUAAAAAUCCUGAUACCUGAAGGCAUUUAUUUUGAUGACUAUUGAAGUUACCCCAGUUGUUGUCCGAGCCCGCAGAACUUUGAGCUCCGUAAUCCGACGCUUAAAAGAUUUCUUGCCGAGUCAAGUGAAGUUCACCGAGAGCUAAAAAUAGUACAUUAUAAGUAUGCAAUUUUCUAAGUGUUUGUCUUUAAAGCCACCUCCUUUCAAACUCGACUGGAAGUUGGAUAUAGCAUGAAUUCAACCUCAGAAGCAAAUCUGUUGGAGAAUAGCCUGUUUCUUACUCGGCUGACUAGACACUUAAUUAAAAAAAAAUAUAUAAACGCAUUAUGGAAUAUUUAUAAGUUGUUAUUCCUCAAUUAUAAGUCGACUUCAAGAAAAGAGGAGGUUAAUCAAUUCAUGAUGACAUUCCCACACUGUUACCCAAAUUUUGUGCAGAUUUAGCUAUAAAUUAUAGAUCUAAGUCUAAAAAUAUGUUUCCUUUUUUGCAAUUUCUUACUGAAUUAUAUAAGGAAAUGUUGCCCCGGCGUAAGCGAGCCCUCAGUUGUAUGCGCGCGGCGCGGCCCUAUCUCACAGGAGUAAAGAAACGGAACAGAGUCACACUCGUCCCUUUACUCCCGUGCCUAUCUUCUAAGUUCUGUCGAUCUGUGAUUCCUGUCUCUCAGUGCCUCGUUAGUCCCUCGCGGGAAAAAGUCCAGGCGACGGGGUCUGUCCCGACAAUAAUUGUUCUAGUCGAAUAGUUUGUUGUUGAAGGGUGUACAAUUUUGCAUUUGCACCAGGGUCUCGAAGGGGAAGCAAGAACAAAUACCGUGUUUAAUGAUAAACCGUAUAUUUAUUCUACUAUCUCACACAAAUCCUCAAAAAAGUACAAUACCGUUUAACACCUUAUGCCAAUACGUUGAACUAACGUUCGCUAGUUUGACGGAGUUAGCAGCGCCAUCUACCGGGACAUUGGGUAAACCAGUUCCGUUAUGCGAUUCGUACAACGGGUUUACAUUUAUUUUGGUGUCAUAUUGCACGUGAACUCACGAAAAUAUAUUAUUCUAGAGAUACUUUGUGAGAAUUAAACUUUCUGUUCCCAAAGGAAAUACACGAAUAUGAAGCUGCUGGCGUGGCCUGGCGAGCUGGCACCUCCAUGUGGCGCUUGCUUGACACGGCUCCUCCUCCGAUGAUAAUGAUGGUGGGCCGGGAUAACCCUGGACACCUCUGGAUUUGCAAGCCGGGAAACCCUGGACAACGCUCUUCGAUCUUCGCUCUUCUUAAUUUCUCUUCUUAACUUGGUUUCCGAUUUUUGAUGUUGGUUGGUUCUUUUUGGGUUGUUUCUUGGUUCUUGAUGCUGGUUGGUUCUGACUGCGUGGAUGUGUGUUUUGGGUUGAUAUGACUGCGUUGGUUCUUUCUUGGUUUUUUCUUCUUUCUUGAGUUUCUUGGUGGUUUCUUGGUUCAGUUCCUUGGUUCGCUGGUCUGGAUCGCCAUCAAAUACGAGUAACAAGAGUAAUCUUGUUAUAUCGUUUCGAGCAGUGGCAGGGAGUAUGUAGUUAAACACCUUAAGUGUGAUAGUAUUGAGAACUUGAGAUUCUCUAAAAACCUGCUUAUAAGUACCUAUAUACACAUUAGGUUGCGCUGACAUAAGCAGUAUGCGUUUACAAGUAAAUCAGUGUGUUACUGCUAAACACUGAAAGCGGCUAAUUGGCCUAUUACAACACUGUUGAUAGUUGCCGUACUAAGAAGUGGGCUGUAAAUUGAAUUGUGCUCCAAGUUUAUAUGGCAUAGAAAUUGGUUCUAUUAAUAAUAAUUAUAGUAACUUUAUACAUUUAGCGUUUGCGUCAAAUCCGGUAGUUUAGAUUUUUUGCAUGAUGUUGAUGAUGUUAGCCCAAUGAAUAAUCCAAGUUUGAGACCUCGAGCGCCGAUCGCAACAUUGUCAAAAAUCGAAAAACCCGCAAAAAUUUCGGGACUAAAGUACGAGACUAGAAUAUAAUUAAAUUGUCUCUAUAGUUUCCGAGAUAAAGCCUUACAAAAUUUAUAAAAUUUUGAACUUGUAUUCGUAGGCUAUGUGAGUGCAGCAGUAUUCACUAUUGUCUCAGGCGAUGCCGCCUUCGGCACGAUUGUUUCUAAGGUCAAACAAAGCCGAUUAUAAAUUUUGAAAAGCUUUAACCCGGAAACUUCUAGAAUUGUUUCUAUAGAUCAAAUGAUCUAUAGAAACAAUCUAGUCUCAUAUUGUGGCAAAUUUAGUCUACUUUAAAAAUGUCUUGAGUAGGUACUAUCAAAAACAAGACCUGUAGGGUUAUAAUCGCUCAAAACUAAAAAAAGUCCGAAAUUUUCGCGGUUUUUUUUUUCGAUUUUUUACUAAGUUGCGUUCGGCGCUGCAAGUCACAAACUUGGAUGAUUCAUUGAGACAACAUCAUAAACAAGUCUGCAAACAAUCAGAACCUAAUAUUAUUAUCCUAACAACCGGAUUUGACGCAAAAAUGAACCACGUUACAAAACCGUCGACAAAGUUACUGGAUUAUAAAGAAUUUUGGUAUAAAUUUAGUGGUUAGACAUCUUGUAACCUAUUUAUUUUUUUACAAAUGUCUACUGUUGUGCGCAUCUAUAACCAAGCUUAUGACUUUCAUAAGUAUCACUCAGAGAUUUGGUUUAUCUCUUUAUCAUUGCGCAGUAAACACGAUCAUCAAGUAGCUGGUACGCUGCGCGCUGAUACAAUCGAAGCUUAUCUUUACAAGAGGUACAUGAAGUGUUAGAAAGAGAUGGGACUAUUGUUGUCGGUAUGGCUCGAAAAUGAUCCUCGUCGCCUGGAUUAAGAUUUCUUCGUUAUAAACGUGGUUGUUUGAAUUUUAUGGAGAAUAAUAUCCGUGAAGCAAUAAAGUGUAUGAAACACU